AAACAAGUAAAAAGUAUUCAAUUCUACCAAACACAAAUUAUAAUAUAUUAGAUCUUAACAUGUUCAACUUCAAAUAUGAGUACUCCUUCAUGUUCGAGUCCACCGGAUGUGGAAGUACCUUCCUAGGAAUGCCCUACGACGUGGAGUUCGAGGCGAUGUGGCAACAGAUCGGUGAGGAACUCCGUUCCAGACAUAAUCGCUUCCUGGGCAUGCCGUUCGAUAGUGGAUUUGAGCGGAUGUGGCGCCAGGUCAGAGAGGAACUGAAACGGGAUCGGGAAGACAACCAAUUCGCACUUGAUUUCCAGCGGAAUUUGACACUCUACGUAAAGGAGGAAGGUGGGGAUGUCGGCCAACUUGAGUCGUUUAUUGAACGCAGAUAAAAUAUAUUCAAUUUUAUUGAAAGGCAUGUUAUUGUUUAAAGUACGUAUGUAUGUAUGUCUAUUAAGUAUGCAUUGUAAAGAUUACGAUCGGUUUGGUUAAAAUAAUUUAUUGUUUUCGGAAUUGGUUUCAAUGUCGAAUAGGUCAAGCAGUCACUUGCCAUCGAUUG